CUGACUAGUAAGCGACGCGACUCGACGCAGGCCGCACGCAUUCCGACGUCGCGUACGCGUAACGUAACGUAAUAAUCGCGUACACACACGUAAAAUAUUACGCCGUGCGAUAAUUUGAAAAUGUGUUUGUGUUUUUAAAGUGAUGUUGUAAAAUUCAUUGUUUAAUCUGUCCUUUGUAUUUUUUUUUGUGUGGGAUUCAGAGAAAUUGGUAAAACGAAAAUGACGACGAAAACGAAACGACUGGGAUUUCAGCUAAAGACUUUUGUUUUGAUAGCCUGGUUAUCAAUCCAGAGCGGCGACGGGUACAGCUGUCCCUACGGCCAGCACUGUGCCCUAGAACCGGCUCCACCAGGCAGGACUCCACCCUGUGCACAACCCGGGCUUACUUACUGUGUGCACCCUGAUCCUUACCCAGAGAAAAUAAUCCGCCAGCUUAUAGAAGCAGGGCAGUACGACAUCAGCACUCUUCUGUCGGAUGAAACUCGCGACGAGUUUUCGCUAAAAAAAAACGAUUACCCCUACGAUUAUGGGCCCAAUUCACUGCCCCACGUCGACCAGAUCUCCCUGGUCAAUGACCCUCACUAUCAAAAAAACUACAAGUUCCAUACGAGGUAUAAUCAUGACAUAUUUUCUCAGAAAACGCCGCUCCAGCCGCCAACAGCGAGCGACCCAACUCCAUACAACAUCAACGCCUACCACGCAAGCAACUUCUCAAAAUUCGGUUUCCAUGGUUACUCCCCAAACGGUUACUGGAACCCGACCAGGAGUUUUGGAGAUUAUGACAAAAAGGUCCUAAGACAGGGUCCGUUCACUCAGAAUUUCUUUGAACCGACUAAUUUUUAUCCGAACUAUGAAAGCAAUGAAUGGUUUCGUCCGUCAUCUUCUGGGGUGUCGCAGUACAAUCCUAAUGAGUGGUGGAAAUACAUGUCUCCAUCCCGCUCAGACGUAACCGUAGAGAGAUCGGUGACGUUUCCCACUCGCACGUCAACGGUGCGCAGACGCAAGAGGAACGCUGAGCUGGUCAAGGCGGCUGAAAAACGAACUUUAACUGGAGCUGAAGCGUUGAGGAUAGCUUUAGGACUUGCUAAUGAAGAUUCUUCGGCAGAACGCCGCCGGCGACAAGCAGCAACACCUACUACACAGACUCUAUGCUCAGUCCGAACUGAAUUCAUACCUAUUAGGGCGGCCCUCAAUAACAAAGGCAACUGGAAAUAUGUCGUUAACAUGCCCGAUAACAUGUCACAACUUGUACGAGCUGAGGUUUGCACAUCUACGUCAUGCAGUGGAUUAUGCACAGUGCCACCUGGAUAUACUUCCCGGUGCGAGCAAAAAUAUAUUCAAAAACGUUUGGUCGCUCUUCAGUCAAGCGGACAAAAUCUUUACACGGACGUAUUUUGGAUACCGAGCUGUUGCCAAUGCACGUUUACCGCUACUUCAAAUUGAGUUUACGCUUCAUCUGAACACAAAUGUGAUUUAUUAUUAAACUUAAACUUUCUGAAUUCGUUGAAAGUUUUGCUACUUGCUGCUAGAUGGCACUACUGAUAGAUUUUAUAUUUGCGAAUUUGUAAGAUAUUACAAAUAGUUACUGCCUUUUUGCAUGACAUAGAUAUAUUUAAUAGUAUUUUAAAGAAAUGAAGCAUUUUAUUUCCAUUCUUUUAAUCUUAUAAGCAGAGUAUUAGAAGUUACCUAAAAUAAGUAGUUUAAAUAAGUAAAGUAUUAAUUUUGAAGUAUGAAAUAGAUGGUUUGUAAAUAUUAGUUAAAUGUAUUGUGCUGGUAAGAUAUUUUGUUUAAUGUAUUAGAAGAAAUAUAUUAAUUUUAUAUGAAUAUAUAAAAUCCCAUAGUAUUGCUUAAUAUGAAACACCUAUAUUGUAUAUUUUUGUAUUAUAUUUUGCAUUUAUGAUUUAAAUAAAUAAAAAAUACUGAAGUUGUUUUGUAGUACAGUUAACGGCAUUUAUACUACCUUUGGUUUUGCUUGAAUUCAAUCAAAAUGAUUUUGUCUAUUAGGAGCAUUGAUCACUACAGCAGUUGAUUCGCAUUGUUCGUUUGUCCCUUAUCUUGUUAUAUUUUAUAUACAAGUAGACGGGUCACCUGAUUGUAAGCAAUAGUCGCCGUCCAUGGACACCACAAACACCAGAGGUUUUACAAGUGCCUUCCGGCCUUUUGGGGAUUAGAAUUUGAGGAUUGUUGGGGAUUCGGGGAUU